GGUUAAUCUACAUUUUCCCAUUAUUUUGUCCCAAAUGCUCUCCAAAUUAAACGAAACAAGUCCAAAAUUUGGUAUGAGGAAUUAUUCAUUUAGCUUUGGGAUUAUUACAUUAUUGAGAUAUGGACUUAUAAAUCCCUAAACAAAAUAAGUAAAGAAUAAUACCAAUUUAACAAUAAAUACAUUUGAAUAUAAAAAAAAAUUAAAAUUACUUCUUGGAGCUUGAAACCCUUCUGAUCAAAACCAACAGGCAAAGCAGCCGGUACAACACAAAGAAGCCAAUCAGCACGUAAAUGUUAGUCCACCGUUGCCUUUCAUGGAGCCCUCUACUCUUUAGCGCAUCUCCGCCGCUGAACAUGCACGCCCUGUGCUCCUCAUCGUACCAGAUCAAACACCUCGACGCCAGGCACGAGUACUCGUUAAUCAACAGCGCGUCGAGGGCAUAUUUGUACAUUGAGAAAUAAUGCAUCAUCUUCCAGAACUUCGGCAGCCUGUCUUUGGAUAUGAAGUAGCCGGAGAACAGGAAGAAUCCGGCCAGCAGCGCUGUCACCAGCGACGUCCCGGCGAUGAAAUUCGGCGCCACGGAGCUGAGGAAGAGCACGAACGAGUUGGCCAUCAGAACUAUCACCCAGAUCACGAGGACGAAGAACCCGAACGCCUGCCACGUGGCGCAAAGCCCUACGAGGAAGUAGACCGACACGGCGUAGAGGACGGCGACGGCGAGGAGGUAGGGCAAGAAAACCAACGUGUUGGCGAUGAUGUACGAGGAUAGACGGUAGACCCCACUAGAGGUCUCCCGGAGUACUAUCGGCCGUUCGUUGAUGAAGAUCGGAAGCGUUUCUGUAGUAGAUGAAAGCAAGAAUGUAAGCGUGAACGCAAAAAGCCCCAACCUUUUCUGAAUGCCGGACUUUCCAAACCCUAUGUUUAUGUAAACAGUCCCCAAAACCAGACCCACUCCUAAAGCUUGUAAUGUGUUGGCCAAUAGAAGCUGUCUUGUUCUGAAUAUUAUCAUCCAAAACCUCUUAUAAAGAACCCUAAUUUCGUGAAACCUAGUACUCCUGUAGCUUACAUUCAUAACUAUCUCGGACGACAAUCCCAAAGACGGUUUGGUUGUGGGAAUUGCAAGAGGUGUUUGGUUGCUUACAUAGAGUUUGUUGAGUGCUUCCAUGGCAUACUCUAAGGAGUUUAGCUGGGGUGGAACGGUGAGGCCAUUAGAGAGUAAGAAAGCUUCAAGAGAGGAAAGGGUACCAUGGUGGACGACGGCGCCCUUUGAAAGCAAGAGGAUUUUGUCUAUGGUGAAGAGGAUUUUGAAGCUCGGUUGGUGGAUGGAGACGAUGACCGUGCGGUGACGCGUGUCCGCUAUCGACCUGAGCGUCUGCAUUACGUUGUAAGCAGACUUACUGUCCAACCCCGAGGUUGGCUCGUCCAAGAGCAGAACCGCAGGGUCGUGCAAGAGGCUCAGUCCGAUGGACACGCGCCGUCGCUCUCCGCCUGAGAGUCCGUACCCGAGCCUGGUGUGUUCUAGAUGGGCCAGGCUGAGGUCGGACAACAGGGCAGAGACGAUGGCCGAAAUGUUGGGCGCUUUCGGGUGGAGGAGGUUGGCGGAGAAGGCGAAAGUCUCGGAGACGGUUAAGAGCGGGAGGGAGGCGUCGUGCUGGGGAACGUAGGCGGAGAGCUUGCGGAAGGAGGACGGGUUGAGGGGGGCGGAGUUGAGGAGGAGGGUGCCGGAAGUAGGGGACGUCCGGGCUGCCAAGAUGUCAAGUAAGGUUGACUUUCCGGCGCCGCUGGGGCCGACGAUGGCAAGGACCUGGGAAGGGUGAGCCAUGAGAGAAACAUCUCUGAGGAUGUAAUUAGUGGGAGAGGAGGCUGGCUUGAAGAGAAGAUGGAAGGUGGAAGAAAUGGUGGUAGGUUUUGAGUAGGAUAUGGAGCAGGCGGUGAGUGUGUAGGUUUUGAUCGGCGGCGGCGGUGACGGUGGAGAUGAAGAGGAGGAUUCAGCCAUGAAUGAUUGUGGAUUGGAUGAAUUAUUAGAAAGUGGUUAGUCGAUCUAGGAGCUACUCUGACGUGAAUAAAGGCAUGCAGAGAUUAUUGGAUAGGACGACAUGUGAACUCUUC